GAAGCAAUGACGUGUGCCCUCUUCUACGCGACUUCUUUUAUAAUCACAUUCCACUAGAAGUCAAGGAAAUACACUUCUUUUGUGACACAUGUGGCGGCCAAAAUAAGAAUUUCACCAUAUUACAUUUUACACAUUAUUUGGUCCACCAUGAGAUGCACUUUACCAAAAUCACUCUCACUUAUUCAGUACGUGGCCACAGCUACUUAGACUGUGAUAGACAAAUGGCUUCAUUAAACCCAAAAGCUUGGCUUGAGACACCUGAAGCUGGGAAGGAACACUUUGAAGCAGCUUGGCGAAAACCUUCACCCUUUGUAGUUCAACUUAUAACAGAAAAUGAACAAAACAGUGAUCAGAUUGUGGGGCAAAACAUGUUUCGGAAAUGGACAGAACACCUAACUCCACUCUAUGCAAAGAGGAAUUUUCCAAUUCGGCCAAUACGAGAGGUAAGGACUGACAACACCACUGAAGACAUUCUUUACCAGACCACGUACAACAGAGUGUGGGAAAGAGUAGUCAUUGUGAAAAGGAACAAUCGGCCACCACAAAAUGAAGAAUUCAUUCUACGAGGCCUCUCCUAUGACGGGCCCAUUCCGAUAAGUGCAGCAAAAUAUAAAGACCUACAGAGUUUGGACAAAUUCUGUGAACCUAAAGCUAGGAUCUUCUUUGAAAACCUUCAACACAAUUAAGCAGGAAGACAAC